AUGAAGGUUACUCGCCAUGCGCUAAUUGCGGGUCUACUCUACGCCGUGCUGGGCGUCGCAUUGCCCUUCCAGCUCGUCUUAACCAGCGAUACCCCGACAAUUCGCUUCAAGGACAACAGCCUCCCGCAGAAGGGUCAUCCCGUACCAAUUCCCGACAAUAAGCCAUCGUUCAGGCAGUAUGUCGCGCAAAUGCAAGAAGAAUCGCAACCUUCGGCUACUGCGACGCCGGACAUCGAGUCCAAUGCCUCCCAGAACGGACCAGAGCACGCAGAGUCCAAGUCAGGGUCUGACAACGAUCGUGACCGCGCGUUCCGAGAUCACUACGGUGCCGUCCUCGGGAAAGUGGCCAAACUCAUCUCCAACGAGGACAAUCCCGACACGCCGCCAAUCCAAAAGGCGCAGCAGAAUCAACACACAAAACAUAUUACUCCCACAUCUCGGAUGAUCACAUACCUCAAACCGGUCGAUCUACUCGACAUCAUCGACCAGCAUGGCCCCGAGUGCGUCGCACUAGCGAUCUUCGUGCUAGUCCCCAUCGCAUACUUCCUGCUCGAAUUGCUCGAAUUAGCCAUCGGAUGCUGUGUUCGGGAGCGGUAUCCCCAUCGCGGUCGCGAUCGCGUGCGACUCCUGGGCCCAGAGAGACGGUUACGGGCGUGGAGUAACAGGCAGCGUGAACAAUUCUUGGACAGCGAGAAACAUUGGUGGCAGGCGCGGAGGACUCGGUGA